GCUUUGUCCACGAAUAUCAGAAUUCCAAUUUGCAAAAAGUAAAGAAUUUUCAAUUGGUACAACAAUACAAAUCCGUCAUAGUUAGAAAUCAAAUUAGGAUCGGUUUAUUCUGUGCAAGGAAUGACAAAUACACAAAUUACUUCGUUAUAACAGUAAAACAAACAGUUGUUUACAUAUAAAGACUUUAAUGGUGAAAGAAAGAGAACAAAAUUAGGACGCAUCAGCGACGUGCUUUUAAUGAACACAUUACUUGUUCACGGCACCUCAAACUCCGGCAGCAGUCUGAGCAAAGCAACAGCGUGCGCAGUGUUGGGCGACAUCUGACAUGUCCACGCAUGAUGGCGCUCACAACGAGGAUGCAUAUUGUCCCUUGCCCUCGUCAGCUGGAGUUGAGGUCACAUCGCAUUUGCUGGCUCAACGUUUGAACGCCACAGGCCCACCGGCGCAAACUCUCUUGAUGGGCUCACAUUUUAUACCAUCGCAAGCGCAGACACGCCAGCAACAGCCCCAACAGGCUCUCCAACAACAGUAUAAUGAAUAUUUCUACAAUUUGUACGCAACGCAACCAGGACAACCCGAAACAUAUUCAGUGUUACCAGUUGGACGAGGAAAUUUUCUGAAAGUGUAUCACUGCCAGGAAAAUACAGCUAACACGGGUCUUUCAAAUGAGAGCAAUGCGUUAUAUCGUGCUCAAGCGCAACCAACAGCUCCCCCACACCAAUUUCAACACCAACCGCAACCGGCGUUCCAUAUGCGACAACCACAACCUCAGCCUCCACCACCGCAGUUCUUCAACAGUUACGAGCUCUUUUCAAGCAAUACUUUAAUGCCGACGCCAGACAACCAAGCUACUCUGGGCCGUACUGAAAUUAAAACAACAACAAUGCAAGUGUCACAGCAGGCGCCUAUAUAUAUGUUGAAUAGCCAUGAGGAGCCUAUUUUGUCGCAAACCGCCACCACUUCAAACACUAAUAUGAUUAUAAAUAAACUGGUUAAUAAUUGGUCACCCAAAGUAACUGAUACACCAAUUCAAGCGCCUACUGUAGUGUUGAAUUCAGAACUUCCUCUAGCUGUGCAUGAGCUAGAAAUUCCUAAAUCUGGACUUGUGCAAAAUUUAAUCAACGAUCCUGAACUCGCAGAAGAACCAACGCAAAAUUCAUUUGCUGCUGAGCCAAUUGUGUCGCAACCGAUGCCAGUAUUGCCUGUAACUCGAGUGCCGCCCAUAGAUAUGCCAUCUACUGAAAACCAAAAUGACCCCAAAGAGGCAGCGACUGAUGUCGCAACUACAUCACCUAGUGCCACACUACCGACACCAACAACAUCAAGUCCUAUUAAUGCUGUGCCUGAAGUGAAAAAACGUAUUGUGGCCGAAGUAAAACCUAUGCGAAUGUCCUAUUCAGAUGUGCUGAGUAAAAUAAAUAACCAACAACCUUCUACUGCACAAUCGCACAACAAUAAACAGUCAUUGGGAAAAAAUGGGAAAACCCCAGGGCCUGAGCGGAAGUUUGAAAACAACAAGGGUAACUCGGAAAACGGUCAAGCCGGAGCCGGUAUAAUACGGAGGCCAACAAGUAUUGGUGACGAGGCGAGCAUCCCAAUGCGCCAAGGUAAAAAAUCGCCUACACAUGAAAACAAAGAGAACUUUCAGCAGCUGCAGAAUAGCAGUAACUCUAAAAAUCCCAAACGUUCAAAUAACAACAGCAAUGGCGCAAGCAUUAUCAAUGUCAAUAACUUGAGCAAUACUCAGCAGAAGCAGGGGCCGAAAAGCAACCAAAAACCAACCACAUCAGAAAUCAAUGCUACUUGCAGUGUUAACGGUAUUAGUAAAAAUAACAGUAUCUCGAAUGGUAAAAGGCGCAUGAACAACAAACGCAAUGACUUGGACACUAACAAAACGGAGGCGAAUGUAACAAAGAAUCAAAAACCAAAUGCCAUGAAUAUGGAAAAAGAAUUCAAUGGUUAUUACAAUGUCACAGCUAAAAAUAGUGAUGUCGGGGAACGUGCGUCCAGGCCAACUAAUAAUGGAUUUGUUCCAACUUCCACUAGCACUAAUUCGUCAACAACAACUAAUCGCAAAUCAAACAAAUCCUCCUCUUCGCUAUACGGCAAUUCUAACGCUUCAUCUUUCGGUACGAAUCAGUCACGCACACGGUACAGCAAUGCUAACUCAAAUUCCUCCUAUUCGUACUCGUCGAAACGCAGCCGGAAUACUAAUUCCUCCUAUAGCAAUACCUCGGCUGCAACAUCGAAUAGAAACUACGAAUUAGCUAAAAAGUUUCUACGCGCCUGGCUGGAAUAUACCAUAAAGAUACUGACUUGGCUCUUCUAUUUGAUUUAUGAUAUUGUGGUGCUCGGGUGCAGUGUGGGCUACGACCGUUUGGUGCAUGCAUGCGAGUGCGGCAUUGUGUAUGCACAGCAAUUGCGCAAGGACUUCAAACAGAACUCGAAUAAACCAAGUAUCUGGCUCAAAAACUAUUGGCGACGGUUUGAUGCGCGUUUCAAAAAGAAUUCAUACUGGGCUCUUUGGCGACGCUUCUAUCAAAAGAAGCCACCCGAACCGACAACGGAAAGUAUGAAAACUGGACGGCUGCCACAGACGGGCGAGGAGGCCAUGUAUUCGUUACUUAAUUGUAAGGGAAAGGAUGCUUAUAGCAUACUGGGGGUACCGCCUGAUUGCUCACAGGAGCAGAUACGUAAACACUAUAAGAAAAUUGCCGUAUUAGUGCAUCCAGACAAGAAUAAACAAGCAGGUGCCGAAGAAGCUUUCAAAGUGCUCCAAAGAGCCUUCGAAUUGAUUGGAGAGCCGGAAAAACGUCUUGCCUACGACCAGAGUCUAGCUGAAGCCUUACACGCUGAAAAAGCGUGGACUGAGCUGCACGAUUUGCUAUCGCAAUUGCAAACAAAAAUAACCGAAGCUGCCAAUACAAUAAGGUGUAGUACUUGUGGUAUGAGGCAUCCUCGCCGAAUUACGGAUCGACCGCACUAUGCCGCAAGGGAGUGCGCUUCGUGCAAAAUUCGGCAUUCAGCCAGAGAAGGCGAUAUUUGGGCGGAAACUAGCAUGUUGGGGUUGCGAUGGAGAUAUUUAGCGCUCAUGGAGGGCAAAGUCUACGAUAUUACAGAAUGGGCUAACUGCCAGAAAGGCGCACUUUCACACUUGGAGCCGAAUUCUCACAUGGUGCAAUAUCGUAUUGUGCGUGGUGCGCAGCAACAACAGCAGCAACAGCAACAACAACAGCAGCAGCAGCAAGCUUCCACUCAUUCACCACAUCACCAAAAUCCUCAGCAGCCUGGAUCACAUCAUGAACGAAAUAGCAGUGGAAAAUUCAAACGUAAUGUUCCGCCCAGCGAAGCAUCAUUACAUGAGUUCCUCGAUAAUUUGUAUAGCGGUCAACAUCCAAAUCCGGCAAAUUUGUCAUCGGCGUACACAAACCCUUCGCGUAGGCGUACACGCCGCAAUUAAUUCAACUUCAUGUGGAUUAUUUGCGAGCGUUUUCUAUUUUAAUCUAUUAAAAAAAAAUUCUUCAAAUGUACAAGUUUUUAUUAUUUCUUUUAAUUGUUUAUAUGAGAAAUUAACAAUUUUAACUUAAGAUAUGCAUUAUUGCAUCAAAUGACGAUAGAAUAUUUGACAUUAUUAUUCUUUGUUAUAUGUAUAUGUACAUGUGCGCAUGUAAAUUUGUAAUGCAUAUGCAAUUGUACGUACAUACGUGUACUAGUUUAGUAGUUUGAAAUUGCAGACAUGCCUUUAUUCUCGAUUUUUCAAUAGCAUAAAUCUGUGUACGUCGCCCUUUUAAUGGCACCGCAAUUGCAGUUGAUGCAAAUUACAUAUGUAUUUAAUGUACUCGUCUCGUUUAAACGCCAUUUCUACCAAAUACAAGAAGUAUCUUCUAAAAAAGAAGCAAAAACAAAAAAAAAAAAAUACAACUUAACAAAAUUAUUUCAAAACUAAACUAGCAAAAAUAAUAUGGCGUUUGAGAAGAAUUUCACACUGUACGUUAUCCAUACAAAAAAAAUUAAUGAAUGCAAUGGAUGUGAAUGUUCUUUGCUAUGUAUUGUAAUUAAGUGCAUUUGAUGUAUCAAUAAUUAAAAAUUAAAUAAAUAACAUAACAUGCGCUAAAUGCACAAGUGGCGAGCAUGCAAGCAAAA